AAUAUUGUCAAUACUUAUCAAAGUAAAAUAAAAGCUCAAGAAAUAUCCUCAAUACUUUUAGUAAUUACAAGAACAAGUGAAAUUUAAAGCGCGUUAAAUCUAUCUCUGAACAUGUUUAUUUUCGAACAAGUAGUGAGAUAAAAUUGAUGUGAUCGCCAUUUUACAAUUGAAAUGUCAACGUAGAUUGAUGAGAUAUUGAUUGAAUCAUAUUGAUGGUAUUUAGCUGUUUCGGUCCGUAACCCGCAGAAUCGCUGGACUUUCAAAAGUUUUAAAAAACUGAUUAUGACUAGUGUAACGCAAAAGGACAGAGAAUUUACGAUACAGUUCAUAAGACGCUACAAAUUGUUGCCUGCGCUAUGGAACACGAAAAGCGAAAGUUACCGCGACAACGCCUUGAAGCAGAAAUGUUAUUUGGUAUUGUUGAAGAAGUACAGAGAACAUUACCCUAAGGCAAGUUUGAGCGAUAUGAAAAGAAAAUUGAACUCGCUUAGGUCGAAUUUCAGAAAAUAUACUCUUAGGAAACCAGGCGGUCCGUCACCAAAUUUGUACUGGUAUAAUGAAAUGAAAUUCGUCCUGGGGAAUGAGGAGGUGGAAAAUGAAAUUGAUGUUGAUGCAACAUAUGAUGCGCUGAAAUGUGAAGAAAUGGAGAUAAGUGGGGCUGACUCCUCGUAUGAUCAAGAGGAAGACCAUUUGAAAGACGUAGAACACUUAGAAAUAGCAGAAAGCGACCUGACAUUCUGGCAAAAUGAUGACAACCCGAGCCCACCACCGCAAGUCUCUAGAACAGAAAAAUUUACACCAAAACUAAUUUACAAGGAGUCAGAGCAAACGUCUAUGCACGAUGAGGAUGAAUAUGACUUGUGGGGCCGAGUAAUGGCUGCAGAGUUAAGGAAGUUGAAUGCGAGACAGCAGAUCUUUGCGAAGAAAGCUAUCACAGAUGUGUUGUUGGAGGGGCAGUUGGGGUUGCUAAAUAGGGAUUCUGUUCAGAUAAAUAAAGGACAUGGUAGUGAAAUAUGAGAAUUAUUUGUGUUAGUACCAUUUUACUGCGAGUUGAGCUGGAGCAAGGCCACGAGGGUCGCUGAAGAUAGGAAGGCAUGGCGCUUGUGAAGGUUUUUUGUACCUCUGGGGUGCCUUAGAAGUACAAUAACAGUACUAUUGUAAUUAUCAUUCAUACAAAAUUAAUGCUGAGAUGAUGGGUGAGAGGAAUGGAAGAGUACAUGCUUUGCUCAACCCAGAGGACUGUGAUAAGGCCAGCGAAUUAUGAAAAGAAGGAAAAGGAACUACAUCAUGAAAUUAUACAUACAUACAAUCACGCCUGUGUCCCAUGAAGGGGUAGGCAGAGCACUUGAAACUACUCAGGUUUCAGUGCCACUCUUGGCAAAUAAGGGGUUGAAAGAAAACGAAACUGUGACAUGAAAUUAUAAUUCAUGUUUAUUAUGGAGGUGGUAUUUGAGAGUGGAGAACGAGACAGCCGUUCUGGGCCUUACAGGUGCGAGGACAAGCAGAUUUUAUUUUUAGUGUAAUAUGACCCAGCUAUGCAGACCUGGAAAGUUUAGACAAAAUAUGGCAUUGUCAUCAAAUUCAAAUUUUUUUUUCUGAUAUUACUGAAUAUUAUUUGUAUGUAAACCUUGCCACACAUACCUUUGUCAAAGUUGAACUUAUACAGAUUUGGAAAUGGUAGUUAGCAACUAAAAGUGCAAUACUAAAAUUGUAUUUUUAUUUAUAAUGCUGUCUUAAUAUGAGUGAUAAAGAGAGAUUCUGUUGUUCUCUAUAGAACAAUCAAUUGGCAUCUUGCCCAGGCUCUUUAUAGUAGGAAUCUAUACAGUCUGACCAAAAAGAGAGGAAAUUAAAAAAUGGCAACAUUGUAGUGUCAUCCCUUUCAAAUUAAUAUGUGUGAGAGAACGGGACGACACUACGAUGCCGCUCUUUAAUUUCUACUCUGUUUGGUCAAACUGUAAUAUUAUACUCAAUAUGUAUAAUCUUUAAAAUUUCCAGUCCAUAUGUUGUGCAAGAUAUAUGUAAAAUAAAAAUGUG